AGCACGACUGACCAAACUGUUCAAAACAAUGUGUCUGAAGGCAGCAGGAAGUGUAUUUUUGGCCCUUCUGGUGCUGUUUCCUAUGACAGUUCAAGAAUCCUCCCCCGGGUGUGUGACCUACAAACACAGAGUAACCUGUGGCUUGAAGGGCUUAUCUGUAGACUUUCCCUGCAGUUAUCCCAGAGAUGUUCAAGACAUCCAGAUAUCAGAAUGGUACAGAAGCUAUUCCAGGGAAGCUAAACCAUUAAAACAGAUUUCUGAUUAUUCAUCACGACUGGGGUACUUUGAACGUGGAAACGGCAAUUGCACAUUGAAACUUAAGGACCUAAAAAAGAAAGAUGCAAUGACUUAUUAUUUUAAGUACAUUGCAAGAAAUGAAACAGGACAUCACUUCAAAUGUAGAGGUCACCCCGGUGUGAGUCUCAAUGUUUUAGACUCUGCUGUUCAAAUCCUUGUUGGGGAACAUAUUAGGGGACAGAACGUCUCUACAGUGAUGGAGGGUCAGAGGAUAACUCUGACCUGUGUCCCCACCUGUGCUGCCAAUCUGAACUCCACCCCAGGCUACAUCUGGUACAAGAACAGACAGCAAUUAAAUGACAGGAGAGAAAACUCUCAUCUCUUGUCUUUGGACCCAAUCAGUGACAAGGAUACUGGUAGUUAUGUCUGUGCCAUGAUGGGCUAUGAAGACUUCCCCUCAUCUGCCAUCAACAUCAGAGUACAGAAGAAACACAUCAACACUGUUUCUGUGUCAGCCAGAAGCCCAACAAAUGACAGUGUAACGACUCUGAAACCUGGGGAUGAUGUUCAGACCUCCACAGAUCAAAGGAAGAGGAGGCAAUGUGUGAGUCCGGUUUACGAGCGUCCCAACCAAAACUUCCACGUGACUCUGGAUGUCAGCGCCAUGCCUUCUGAGUAUGCGACAAUGAAUCCAGUGCAACGCUGCUCAGCUUCUGAAACUAUUUAUGAGAACUUACAGCUCAGAAACUUAAUGAAGUGAAGGAGACUUUUUAUUUGUCUGCAUAUCAGAUGAUAUGUACAAAGUAUAUCUUCCAAGCAGUUUUAAGGUAUUACCAAAUUUAUUUCACUGUAAUGUUUUAGUAAUCUGGAGUUAUACCAAAGACAGCAAACAAAUCCAUCUCUUUAUUACAUAUAUAUAAACUGUCAGCCACUGAACAAGAUAAGGAGUACGGAGCCAUGACAGUAGCUUUGUGUCGCUGUAAUGAAGCACAAUGCUGGUUUGAAAGAAAUGCUAGUGUUGUGCAGGUGUAUAAACACAUUUUACCAUGUUAGCUAAACUUCUUAGCAAGCUAGCAUUCGCAAA